AUCAAAAAAUCAUUACAACAUGUUCUCCAAAAUCGUUGCCCUGAGCGCUGUGUUGGCGGUGUCCGCAGCUGGUCUGCUGCCCACGGCACACUACUCCCCAGCUGGAGCCGUCUCCUCCCAGAGCAUCGUACGCCACGAUGAGGCUCACCCCGCCGCCCACGUUGCCCACGUCGCUGCCCCCGUCCACUACGCCGCCUCUCCCGUCCACUACGCCGCCGCUCCCGUCCACUACGCCGCCGCUCCCGUCCACUACGCCGCUCCCGUCGCCAAAGUGAUCGCUCCCGCUCAGAAGGUUCUGGUCUCCGCCCACGCCGAAGAAUACGCUCACCCCAAAUACGACUUCUCGUACUCCGUGGCUGACGGACACACCGGCGACAACAAGUCCCAGCAGGAGUCCCGCGACGGUGACGCUGUGCACGGCGAGUACUCGCUGGUGGAGGCUGACGGCUCCGUGCGCCGCGUGCAGUACACCGCCGACGACCACAACGGCUUCAACGCGGUGGUCUCCAACUCCGCUCCCGCUCACCACGCGCCCGCCCCAGUCGCGCACGCCGUGCACGCCGCCCCCGUGUACCUCGCUCACCACCACUAAGUGUGCAUCUAGUCAUAACGAAGAGAUGAUUGAGAAUUAUUUAUAUUAUUUAAUAAGAAAAUAAAACAAGCA